CAGUCUGCAAGGUGGCAAGUUGCAAUGGAACUGUACCAAACUGAAAGCAAUUAUGUUGACAUUCUCUCUACAAUUGUGCAGCUGUUUCACGUUCCACUAGAAAAGGAGGGUCAAGUAGGUGGGCCUAUUCUUGCCCAAGAAGAAAUAAAGACCAUUUUUGGCAGUAUACCAGAUAUUCUGGAUGUUCACACAAAAAUAAAGGGGGAUCUAGAAACUCUUAUGAUAGACUGGGCAGAAACCAAAAGUAUUGGUGAUGUCAUUCUUUCAUAUUCAAGGGAUUUGGUAAAAACCUAUCCACCAUUUGUAAAUUUCUUUGAAAUGAGCAAAGAAACCAUUCUAAAAUGCGAAAAGCAAAAGCCAAGAUUCCACGCUUUUUUCUCAAGAUUAACCAAGCAAAGCCGGAAUGUGGGAGACAAACGUUAGUUGAAUUAUUAAUUCGUCCUGUUCAAAGGCUACCUAGUGUUGCCCUUCUUCUAAAUGACCUUAAGAAGCACACUGCAGAUGACAACCCGGAUAAAGUUAAGCUCGAAAAGGCUAUAGAAUCUCUAAAAGAGGUGAUGACUCAUAUUAACGAAGAUAAAAG